AUGAACUUAUUAUUUUUUCUUCAGGUCCUGCAGUUUGAUCAGGAAGAAUCUUUUACUACAUCAAUGACCAAGCAAGUUGGUAAGAAGUUCGCUUGGGUGAUAAAGAACUUCUCCUCUUUGCAAUGUAAGAAGUUUUAUUCUGUUCCAUUCCAGAUUGGUGACUGCAAAUGGCGUCUUUCUAUCUAUCCAAAAGGAAACAACUGCGAUUACUUGUCUCUGUUUCUGGAAGUCGCUGAUUUUAAAUCACUACCUUCUGGAUGGAGAAGAUACGUAAAACUUCGGCUAUAUAUAGUAAAACAGGAAAUGUGGGGUUGGGGUUUCCUAUAUAUGCUUCCCCUUACCAAACUUCAUGACGAAAAGGAAGGGUUUCUAGUUAAUGGAGAACUCAUGAUUGUUGCUGAGGUAGAUGCUCUUGGAUUCAUUGACCCCUUAAAUGAGUCAGAGGAAUCUGAAGAUCCAACCCAACCUCUGAAAAAGAUUAAGCUUAAUGAUGAUGGUGCGGUGUCUAGUGAUUUGCUUGAGGAAGCUUCACCCAGAAAGGAAAGCAUGGAGGUCAACGGAUUUCAAGUUCUUCCUUCACAGGUAGAAUCUGUGAGACUUAUAUUUGAAAGACACCCUGACAUUGCAUCAGAAUUCCGUGCAAAGAACCAAUAUCUGAGGAAAGCAUGCAUGGAUUUCCUUCUCAGCCUUGUUGAGACGCUGUGCCAGUCACUGCAAGAGUUCUCCAAUGAAGAUCUUGUGGAAGCAGACAUCGCGCUGACAUACUUGAAAGAUGCGGGGUUCAAGGUGGACUGGUUGGAGAAAAAGUUGGACCAAGUAAGAGAUAAGAAGGAGAAAGAGCGGUCUUGUUUGGCCAAGCUCCAAGAAACAGAGGAAACUUUACUGAAAUUGAAGCAAAAGUGUACAGAGCUAGAUGCUCUAAUGGAUACUGAAAAGGCAGAGUUGUCAGCUAUAAGAACUCCUCUAUCAUUUGAAGAUGUUGUUUGA